AUGGGCUCGGAUGACGCCUCUGACCGCCGACCCCUGCGGCUCGCCAUUCUCGAAUGCGACACACCCCAGCCGCAGACCCGUCAUCGGUUCGGCGGCUACGCGGGCGUGUUCAAAGCCCUCCUCGCCAGCGCCGCCCAAACCCUCUCUCCGCCCCGGGACCUCGACGCCAUCCUCACCACGUCUGCCCACGACGUCGUCAACGACUUGCGCUCCUACCCGGACCUGGACAAUGUCGAUGCCCUCCUGCUGACGGGCUCGCGGCACACCGCGUUCGACAACGAUCCCUGGAUCUUGAGGCUCGUCGACUUCACCAGGCGCGCCAUACAAUCCGGGCGGGUGAGGGUUGUCGGCGUCUGCUUCGGCCACCAGAUCGUGGGACGGGCUGUCGGCGCGGGCGUCGGCAAGAGCGACAAGGGCUGGGAGAUUGCCGUUACCGAGGUCGACCUGACCGACAAGGGCAAGGAGCUUUUUGGCCUGGACAAGCUGCGCAUUCACCAAAUGCACCGCGACGUCGUGCAAACCUUCCCGUCCGAUGCCAUCCCCCUCGGCUCCAACGCCUUUUGUCCCGUCCAGGCCAUGUACCUCCCAGGCAGAUACCUUACCGUCCAGGGCCACCCCGAGUUUACGGAAGAAAUCAUUUCGGAAAUCCUGUUUAAUCGACAUACGGUCGGCGUCUUCUCCGACCAAGUAUACACUGAAGGCAUGAAGCGUGCGCCCAUCCCGCACGAUGGAGUAGCCGUUGGCAAAGCAUUUUUGAAAUUUAUCCGCCAGGAAUGA